UGUUCUUUCCCUUUUUUGGUAAGAGCCAUUUCAUUAUGUUCGAGCAAUUGUUGAAAGGCUUAUCCAGGAAGGGUCAUCAAGUCGACGUGAUCAGUUCCUUUCCAUUGAAAAGACCUUAUCCUAAUUACACUGAUAUUGUGGAGCUUGUGCCGCCUCUAGUAUUAGUUAACAAUCUGUCGUAUGAAUACAUGCAACAGUUGUUUAGAGGUAGUCCAGUGCAUGCUGUUGCAACAGUGGCAGGCAAUAAUGUUUGCGAAUAUUUGGAAAAUCCGGCGAUUCAAGAGCUGGCGCGUAAUCCACCGAAAGAUCCACCUUAUGACGCGGUGCUCAUAGAAGUCUUUGGUGCUCAUUGUUUCGGAAUCUUCGCGCAUUUGUGGAACAUUCCUUUGAUCGGGAUCAGCACAACGUCACUGUACCCAUGGAUACCUCCACUGAUCGCUCAACCAGAGAACUUGGCUUUCAUACCGAACAAUUGUUUGAGUUUUACUAGUCCCAUGAAUUUCUGGCAACGUUUGUACAAUACGCUGCACACGCUCUAUUCCAAGUUGUACUUUAAUUAUCUCACGAGAGUGCAGGACGAGAUAAUAAGAAAGCACUUUGGACAUGACAUGCCGAGCGUACGGGAAAUAGAAUCCAAAGUAGCAUUGAUCCUCAUCAAUUCUCACUUUACUCUAAAUAGGAUCCAGCCAAAGAUACCUGCCGCUGUGGAUGUGGGGGGACUGCAUAUCCAGGACGAAGGCUUAACGUUACGACCUGAUUUGGAAAAAUGGAUAAACGAUAGUAAAGACGGUUUCGUCUACUUCACUUUUGGCUCUAUGGUAAUGAUUGAGACGUUUCCACGCGAGUUCCUGAAUAUACUUUACGCUUCUUUAGGCAAAAUAGCACCCGUGCGUGUUUUAAUGAAGAUACCGAAUCCGGAGAAAUUGCCACCCGGUUUACCCGAAAAUGUUUACACAUCUCCUUGGAUGUCGCAAAUUAAAAUAUUGAAGCAUCCUAAGAUAAGAGCCUUCAUCACUCAUGGCGGACUCAUGGGAACGCAGGAAGCGGUAGCAUACGGUGUCCCAAUGAUCGGUAUACCACUCUUUGCCGAUCAGUUUAUGAAUAUUGAUGCAUAUGUUGCCAGAAACAUUGCCGUGCAAUUGGACUUCAAAAAAAUGACAGAAAAAGACAUGGACGCAGCCUUAAACGCAGUCUUAUGGGAUCCUAUAUAUAAAGAAUCUGCUCGAAACUUGUCUCAAAAAUUUCUCGAUCGGCCGUUAAACGCGCUUGAUACCGCUAUUUUUUGGAUCGAAUAUAUUAUUAAAUACGGCAGCGACGUCUUGCGAUCGCCUGCAUUGGAUUUGACUUGGUGGCAGUUAUCUCUCGUCGAUGUGUUUGCCUUUCUUCUACUUUGUAUAGCAAUUAUUAUUAUUGCUAUAGUAUUUGUCGUGCGUUUCUUGUUGAAAAUGAUAAAUAAAGAUUAUCAGAGUUCGUUGCAUACAAAAAAAAGAAAUUAAUUAAUCAUAUUAUUUUUAGAUAGAUACAUUUUGUUUUCUAUUAUUGAUGCAUUACGUAUUUAAGAAAAAACAAUUAUAUUUUUAAUAAAUACACUAUCGAAUAAUAAAUAGAGAAUAAAGAAAGAUUGUAUUUUUUCUAAACUUAUAAUAAAUUUUCUCUCUACA